AGCAUAUGGGGUAUAAUUCAAUUGACCCUCAUGGGGAUAUUUUAUUACGUAGAAGCUGUCACCCUCUUAGAAGAUGUUGAGGCGGAAGAAUACGAUGAUUAUGAGGAUUACAUUCAUAAGACCGAACACAAUUACGCCGCAGUCGCCCGUAACUGCUGGAUUGCUGCAGCCAUAUAUUUGGUUUUCCUCGCUCUUUCCUACACCUGUAUAAUUAAAGCAAGGUCGCGGAAAAAGAAAGAAGAUUUGAAGUUACAAGAUGACGAUUAUGUUUGUGCUCCGAAACCGCCGCCUAAGAAAAAGGAAAGAAAGGAAAAAGCUAGAAAAUAAAAAAAAUAAUUUAAUAAUUAUGUAUUUGAAGUAAUUAAUUAUACUAGGAAUAUUUAAUUUACAAUCGUUACGAGAAUUAGGAUGUAAUUGAGAGUCUGAUAGCCAAUUUUGCUACGAAUUA